AUGGUUGAAAAAUGUGAAUGCGCAGUGUCGUGUCCCAAUCAUUGUUUCUGCACAAGCGUAAAGACAUCGUGUAUCAGUAGAAAUUUGACGUCAAUUCCUAAUGGUAUUUCCGAGCAAACCGAACGAUUAUACCUAGUUGACAAUGCCAUCGAAAGUAUUUAUAAUGAAAGUCUAAGCGGAUUGCAUAACUUGCAAGUGUUAGACUUAGAGUCAAAUAACAUCAAAGAUAUACAAUCAGGAGUCUUUUCUAACGUAUACAACUUACAUCAUUUGAACUUAAAGGAAAAUGACAUAGAGACAAUAAGGAAUGAUACAUUUAGUGAUUUGGGUAAUCUGACAUUCCUAUCUUUGGAAUCGAAUAGAAUAACAGAUUUGCCAGCAAAAGCAUUUGACUCUCUAACAAAACUGACACUCCUAUCCUUGGAAUCGAAUAGAAUAACAGAAUUGCAAGAAAAAGCAUUUCGCUAUCUAACAAAUCUGUCAGUCUUAAAUUUAGCGGGAAACUUCAUCAAAGCUAUCAACGAGGAAGUGUUCUUUGGUUUGCACAAUCUCAACUAUUUAUACCUAGGUGACAAUGAUAUCGAAAGUAUUCAUAAUGAAAGUCUACGCGGAUUGAAUAACCUGCAAGUGUUAAAUGUUCAAAGAAACCAUUUACAGUAUUUGCAGAGUGGAGUAUUUGACGAUUUGUUGAACCUUGAAAAACUCAUCUUACUACAAAAUGAGAUUACAGAUGUUGGUGCAGGAGUAUUUAAGCACUUCUCUACAAUGACCCAAAUGAAACUACAUGUGAAUCUAAUUCAUAUUUUGAGAAAUGGAACGUUUGAAGGAAUGUUGCAUCUUCAGUUCAUAAAAUUAUCAAGAAAUAAUAUCAACUUAGUUGAAAAGGGUGUUUUUCGAAGACUGUAUGAAUUGGAAGAAUUAUUGAUGGCAUUUAAUAGCUUGAGUGAUAUAUCCGGUUUGUUCGAGGAUUUGAAAAAAUUGAAAAAGUUGGACCUGCAACACAACCUAUUAACAUCGAUAGAAAUGAAAAUGUUCAAAGGACUAUUAAACUUAGAGAUGUUGGAUCUUUCUGGCAAUCAGCUCAUUUGUAACUGUGCACUUGUAAGCCUGAAAGACUUAUAUAUUGUUCGGGAUCAUGGUGUUGGUAUUAUAUGUCCGGACACCACAGGAGUCGAUCUUAAGACCAUUCCAGAUUAUGACCUGUGUUCAAACAAAGGUAUAUUCUGCAGGCAUGAAAAUGUCACAAUUAUAGAUGGCUAUUCUAUUGAUACUGCUUAUGGUAUUAGUGUCAUCAGAUGCGCAUUCAUGUGUGACGUAAAUCAGGAAUGUAAUGCAUUUCAACACGACAAUGAUCUGCAACUGGUCUGCAAUCUGUGGAACAUCAGAGAUAAAUCGUCAUGGUUAACGAAUGUUACGCGAUAUGUAGAUCUUUACAAUCGAUGUUAACACUUUUAUUUCAGUUGUGUUAACUUUGCUCUUUGCUUCAAUUUUAUAUAUUUGCGAUUAUAUUUUUUUUUA